AUGGGCAUGACAGACGCCACAACGGCAGACGUUGAGGCAGUGGAGAAGAAGAAGAAGAAGAAGAAGAAGAAGAAGAUGGAGGGGGAGGAGGAGGAGGAGAAGGAGGAGAAGGAUGCGAGUGGUGGUUCGGGAGGGCUGUCAGUGUUAGUUGACAGCGCAGAAGACGAGGGCUAGGUGGGCAGGGAAAGGACGGUUGGCGUGGUUUGGGCGCUGCCGUUGUCCCGAAAGAGUCCAUUUGGCGCCGGAAUGGCCGCUUACACCGUGGACACGUUGGAGGCGAUUGGGCGUUGGUGUUGCGAGGUGGGUGCAGCUGAGAUUAGCGUGUCUCGCGUGUGGUUUUUGCGGCGAUUAUGCGGUUGGCUUCGAAGAUUGCCGCGUCCGUCUUCACUGUCCUCCUCCAGGUCGGUCCCGAGCGAGGCCUUUCCAGUUGGCCGGGUUGAUCUGCAAGCAUCAGUGGAACAUUUUUAAAAGUGAAAUUACUAAGCUUCGAUGAGAACUCUGACCUAACACAUGGCAAAAUUCACUAGAAUACUCAAAAGUCGGCUACUUAUGGAAAACUAAAGAACGCGGGACCAUAUCCCUACUCUCAGGUCGCCAGACGGAACACCGAUUACUUCUGAUCAUUUUAAAGUUUCCGUUUAUUCGGAUUUAUUGCAGUCAAUUUUCGCUUGAAAUCCUAGUUCUUUUCUUCAUUCCUUCAGAAGUGGGUCUCACUGCAACUCAAAACGAGUGAAAGAGCAGAUGGAGAGGAUCACCAUUGCCUGCUUGGUGGAAGAUGCCUAUCAAAUGUGA